GGCGAAUUGUGUUGACGUUCUUGGGAGCUUUAUUAAUUUUUUAAUAUCAAUUCAUAUCAGAAUAUCUUAGUUUAUUUUUAAAUAAGUUACAAAAUCUGAAAAGAGUGUCAAUUGUAAAAUCAUAUUACUUGUAAGAGUGGCAAAUGUUUCACAGUCAAAAUGUACUUUCCAAUAGGUUGGCCCAAAGUUCUGAAAAAUCUGGGAGCAGAUAAUCAAAUUAUAAAGCAAAUCGUGUCGAAUAGAGACAAGAUAUUAUUUGCAUCUUUGAGUGAUGACUGUUUAGCUGUAUGGUUUUGUAAGCCAAGUGUCCCCAUUGUGUACCAUAAGAGGAGUACAGAAUCUCUUCAAAGACUUGGAGUCAAUGUUGGAGUGGAAUGGAAACCUGAUUCUUCUAUGAUAUGCAUCUCUACCUCAGAAGGCCAUCUUAUACUGUACAAUGUGGAAGCUCACAGCGAACAGACAGCAUACCAGCAAUAUGACCCACCCACUGCAAGCUUACGUCGGGACUCUGCCGAAUUAUUUGUAAAAGAGGUCAUACCAUCACUGAAAAUUACUCUUUUGAAAGAGGUUUUAGUAUGGGAUGGGCAGAUCACACGGAUGUGCUGUAUAUCAGGCACAGAGAUUCUGGUAUGCACCACCAGAGCUCACCUACUGCGGUAUCGAUGGGACGGUACGCAAAACCGGGAUUACUGUCUAGACUUAGGAAGAAUACCCUUUUCCAUCAACCAACAGGUUUCUAAAGCGGAGCCGAUUUUAGAAGACAAUACGCAUGUAAAUGACAUAGAAUAUUCGCCGCUAGUGUGUGGGUUUGGGAUUACUCUCAAUGACGGACGGGCUGCGUAUCUCACGGCUCCUAAUCUCAAGUUUGAUCCUAAUGCUGUUCAAGGCAUUUGGGCUCCCGGCAUUGAUGACGCGACAUGCGCGAGAGUCAACCAUAAGUUUAGAUUAAUUGCUAUUGGCAGGAAAAAUUCUCAAGUGGACGUUUUCACGAUAGACGAGGCGACGGGAGGCUUGGAGCUGUCGCAUACGAUGGUGCUCAGCUCCAAAGACUUCCCCGGCGACCCCGGACCUGUCAAGUGUAUGAGAUGGACAGCAGACGGUCGAGCCGUAGCCAUAAGUUGGGAGCGGGGAGGUGUAUCGGUGUGGUCCACAUUCGGUGCCCUGCUGAUGUGCUCGCUGGCCUGGGACUACGGCCUCAACCAGGACCUUAGCAAGUCCAACCCUUUGGUUGUGUCCAGUUUAGAAUGGGCGACUGAAGGUUACCAGCUCUGGAUGGUGAAGGUGGAAGGAGAUACUAGUACUAACAUCAUACAACUGGAUUUUGUGAAGAGUCCCCUCAGUGUGAACCCUUGUAUGAGCAACCAAAGACACCUCUACCUGCAAGCAGACGACAAGCUAUACGUGAACUUAGAAGACAAUCUAACGAAACGUACAAAGAUCUCAAUCAUUGACUCCUCUUCAGAAAUAUACCAAGCAGAGAACGGCCUGCCUGACCAGUCUACGUUGGAAUAUGAGAGUAGUACAAACUAUAGGGAGUUUGUUGACGACAACGAGUGCAGGAAACAGUGGAUAGUGUUGCCUCUACCGGCCACUUACAUAGCUACUAAUUGGCCGUUGAGGUACAGCGCUAUUGACGAGGCAGGGGUGAAUGUAUGCGUGGCGGGGCGCACGGGGCUGGCCCACUACAACUGCGUGGCGCGGCGCUGGAAGCUCUUCGGAAACGAGGCGCAGGAGAAGGACUUCGUCGUGGCUGGCGGGAUGCUCUGGUGGCGGGAUUAUAUUGUCAUAGGUUGCUACAGCAUUCUCGACGGUCACGACGAGAUUCGUUUUUAUCCUCGAGAUGCGAAGUUAGACAACAGGUUCGCGAAGAUUGUUCGCGUGCAGUCGCAAGUGUUCGUACUGGACAUCCUCGAUGAUCAGCUCGUGGUCUUCGGAGCUGAUGCCCUGGUCACCAUAUACGAACUCAACUGCAUUGAUAAUACGGGUACGAUAGAGAUGCGCUGCGUGCAGGCAGUGGACGUGUCGGCGCUGUCGCACCCCGCGUGCGUGGUGGUCAAUGACUAG